CUCUCUACCCGCCUCCCUCCCGGUUUGCUGGAUGUCUCUGCGGCCCAUUGCGUCCACGCAGACGGUCCAGCGCGCCCUUCUCCCCGCCCAGCAUGUCCCUCGUUUCCAUGGCCGCCAGAAAUCUGGCUCCUUCCGUCCCGUUCGCCACUGCUCGUUCAUGCGGAUAACUUCUCAACUCGCUGUGGCAAUCUUUCCCUCUCCCUCCUUGCCAACGCAUCGCCACCGCGCUCCAACUUUGAUCUCUACCAGAUUAUCCCGCCUACAUUCCUGGUCAUCCCGACCAGUGACACCCGUUCGGUCCUUCCAGCUGUCCGCAACACGCAGUGUCUCGAACGCUACCCCGGCCGUGAUGCCAGCCAUUGAGGUCAUUUCCGGCGCCCAAGAUGCCGAUGUGAAAGAGGCCCCGCCGGCCAGGGAAUCACACAAGGAUGCAAUGGAUCCAGAGUCGGACGAGGACGUUCCAGUCGGAGCGGAGGAGCUUCAGGACGCCCUGUCGCGCCCCCCGCCCGUCUACAGCAGCUACCUGCCCCUCCCUUGGAAAGGGCGAUUAGGCUAUGCCUGCUUGAACACCUAUCUGCGGUACGCGAACCCGCCCGUGUUCUGCUCCCGGACCUGCCGCAUCGCCUCCAUCCUCGAGAAUCGACACCCCCUCUCCGAUCCGUCGCAGCCGCCCCAUCCGACCAAGAACCGUCCAGACCGGACCAAGCCCCCCCAGAUCGCCCUCGGAAAGGCGUACGUCGAGAACUUGGGCCUCACCAAUGCCAAGGAUCUCCUGAAAAUACUGCGGUGGAAUGACCGGUAUGGGAUCAAGUUCAUGCGUCUGAGUAGUGAAAUGUUCCCCUUCGCGAGCCACAAAGUUUACGGCUACCAGCUGGCCCCUUUUGCGGCGGACGUGCUGGCAGAUGCGGGUCGCCUUGUUGCGGAGCUGGGCCAUCGGGUGACUGUCCAUCCUGGUCAAUUCACCCAGCUCGGUUCGCCCCGAGAAGAAGUGGCGGAGAACUCCAUCCGAGAUCUCGAGUACCACUCCGAGAUGCUCCAGCUCCUCCGGCUACCUCCGCAGCAGGAUCGGGAUGCGGUCAUGAUCCUGCACAUGGGAGGUGUCUUUGGAGACAAACAGGCUACGCUCGAUCGCUUUCGAGAAAACUACAAGGACCUCUCACAGGACAUCAAGAACCGGCUCGUCCUUGAGAAUGAUGACGUCAGCUGGUCGGUCCACGAUCUCCUGCCCAUCUGCGAGGAGCUGAACAUCCCACUGGUGCUGGACUUCCAUCAUCACAAUAUCAUCUUCGAUGACAGUCAGGUUCGUGAGGGCACGCUGGACAUCAUGAACUUCUUCGAUCGCAUCAAGGCGACUUGGACUCGCAAGAACAUCACGCAGAAGAUGCACUACUCCGAGCCGACUCCGGCCGCCAUCACCAAUCGCCAGCGUCGGAAGCACAGCCCUCGAGUGGCCACCCUGCCCCCGUGCGAUCCGACCAUGGACUUGAUGAUUGAAGCCAAGGACAAGGAGCAGGCCGUCUUCGAAUUGAUGCGGACAUUCAAGCUUCCCGGUCAUGAGUUGGUGAACGCCAUGAUCCCUCAUAUGCGCAACGACGAGAAUCAACCUUUCAAACCACCCAGGAAGACCAAGAAGGAUGGCGCGUUUGUGAACCUUGAGGGCCAGGUCCCGCCGGUGCGGACAGUCACGGAAGAAGAGAUUGGGAUGGGUGGUCCCGACGGUCGGGUCUAUUGGCCUCCCACCAUGGAGGAAUGGCUUCGACCUAAGAAGAUUGUUCGCACCAAAGCUGCUCCAAGCCCCCGCCGCACUCCCGCGAAGGUGGCGAGCGAGAAGGCGGCCCCAUUGACGGACGGGCCAGACGGCAACGCACCGGCCACGCCGGUCUCCAAGGCUCGACGGGUGCAGAAAGCCUCGAGCGUGAAAAAGUCGGUUUCGAGGAAGCGGAAGGCUUCUCCGGACCUUUCCUUCCCGUCUACCACGGAUGAAGAUGUUCCCGACCAUGCCCCUGAUGCCCCCGAGACCCCAGUGAAGCAGUCCGAGGGCCGUACUCGUCGCAGUCAACGAGCGAAGAAAGUGAACUAUACCGAAGACCAGGAUUCUGCGUGAACGCCGAUUGGGUUCAUGCCCUUCACGGCUACUUCUCUGAUCCUCAAGUCGAAACGGGACUGGUUCUCGGUGAAAUCCAUGCAGCGCCAGGCCCUCCGGCGUCUACCGUCGGUGGUUCCUGCAUGGAUCGAUGUUCCCUGCGUGAUGCUUGGAGAAGCGUCAAGCAUUUUUCUAACAAUGCCCGAUCAUUCGACCUUCUUUUGUGGCAACUAUUUAGAGCUUCGUAUCUGAUAUACCAUAGACACCGCAGGCUCACCAACCAAGGGUAGAGUGAGCCAUGCCCCGUAUAUAAAUGUAUAUGGGAGAUAAUAAGGCC